AUGUGCAAGUGGGUGCCUCAGCCCUGGUGGAAUCGGGCGAACCAGCGCCAACAAAGAGCUCCCCAGCCAAACACAGACCAUCCUUGCCACGGUGGUGGAGUCAUCCAACUUACCACGAUCUUCGUCGACCCAAUUAUGCCAACGGUCUGCAGUGUUGCAGAUGCAGAUAUCUUUGUGUACUUGUCAUCAGCGGACGUCGUUCGUUUGGAAUAUGAGCACGCCGCUCACAUAUGGGUCGAACGAAACGAUAACGUUGCCUCGGGUGUUGUGGUUGUUCCUAUAUACUACCAUCCAUUGCCUAUUGUAUUUGACCCUGCCAAUGGCGCAAAAAUAUGGGACCCAGAAGGGAAAGAAUACAUCGAUAUGCUGUAUGCUAACUCGCUGUCAAUAAAGUUUGUACAGCCUGCCCUUGCUAAUAUGGACAAAAGACUGGUUCAUAAUUCCAAUUAUUUAGGGCGAUUGUCACCCUAGAUAGUUUCCGCACCGCUCGAGCAGGCCCGGAAACUCUGUCUGUCUUCUCGGGCCUUUUACAACUCUAUUUUCGGCAGCGUCUUUCCGGUGAACAUUGGAGCCGAGACAAGUUAAGACGGCUGUCAAACUUUCCGGGGAGUCGGCGUAUAUGAAGGAAAGGCGUUCCGAGGGAAGGGCGAUGGCGUUGGGCGCCGAAGGCAAUUUCCAUGGUGGAAUUAUUGGAGUUAGCAGGUCUGUACUUGUCGCUUUUACUUCGCCGGCGCUGGGCGCUGAUCGCCGAUUUAGCACUGGGUUUCCCACCGAUGG